AUGAAGGUCUUAGCUUGCCUGCUGCUGCUUAAUGCGGGGGCAUUAGUGGCUGGGGAUGGGGCCUUUAUACAGCCGCCUGGGUUCAACUGUACGGUGAAUGAUGCCGACGGUGUGCGUACUCUAAUGUCGUGUGUUGCAGCCCCGGGGUCGCUGUCGUUGAACCUCGACAUGCGAAAUCUCGAUAAGGUGGCCGAGGGAGCAUUCAAAGGCCUUACCGUCCCACUGAUUGAUCUUAGUCACAACAAUCUCAAGACACUCCCUGGGAACACGCUCUGUGGCAAUGCGACGGGAGCCCAAAGCGUCUUGACGAUUGUGCUGGAUCACAACUUCCUCUCUACGUUUGAUGUGAACACGUUCGCGGGCUGUGCCAAUCUCACGGACCUGUCUGUGCAGUACAACGCUGAGCUAAAAGGCCCAUUUCCCAACGAUAUGCUGAAGGACUCUGCGUUGACACUGCAGUUCAUACGGAUGAGUGGCCAUGGUAUGACGGUACUACCGGUCGAGUGGCUCGAAGGGCUGGAGGGUCUGCACGAACUAGUCCUUCGAGAAGGGCCUCUAACGACAAUCACAAACCCACUACCGAAGGCAUUGGGGACCAACCUUACACGACUAGACCUAUCACACAACCGCAUCAACACACUACCUAGCGCGUGCAUGAUCAGCAACCUCACCAAACUGGAAGCCUUGCAGCUGCGGGCAAAUGCCAUAGCGGAUGUGAAGUCUCUGCGGUUUGACCACACCCUGUCCGUGUCCACUGUAGAUCUCACAAUGAACAAAAUCACCACGCUGGAGGAGGGGUGUCUGUACCGUCUGAAUGCACUGAAGGGUUUGCGGUCGCUUGACUUGAGUGGCAACGGACUGCACACCAUUGCUCAGAGUGUCUUUGGAAACAGCUCAUGGCCCCAUCUCACCACACUCAACCUCGCGCAUAAUGCUCUCACGCGGAUCGACAUACCUCUGUUUAAAGGCCUUGGAAACUUGACAGAUCUGGUGCUAAGUUACAAUCAGAUCGCCGUCAUCGAACCCACCGUGUGGACUGGGUUGGCCCAUUUAUUGGCCCUGCGAUUGCGUGGUAAUGCCCUCAAGGCACUACUGAAUCACACGCUCGACGAUGUACGGCCUACACUGGAGACACUCGACAUGUCUCACAACCAGAUCCAAUCUGUGGCCACAGACGUCUUCGUGAACAUGACUAAGCUGCGCACACUCGACUUGUCCUUCAAUAACAUUGCAUCACUGCCCGACGAUACGUUUGGCUGCUGUGGUUCGAAUCUGGUGGACGUUCGGUUGGAGAGCAAUCGACUGACAUCUCUAAGUGAACAACUGACACAUGCGUUGUUACCUGCGCAUAUGACAAUGUUCAGUAUAGCACGCAACCCAUUGUCGUGUUGCACACUGCGACCGUGGCUGGAUGGACGCUUUAAGGAGAUAAUGACGUCGACAACGAGUGCAUCUAGCCCCGACUACAAUUGCACAGACAUGGGCGAGGUUUAUACUACGCCGUCGUUUGGGUCCAGCAACGACACAGCGCUUCACCUCGAGUGCACCUUCGGCAGAUAUGGCCCCUGGACAGAAUGGGGAUGUCAGUGUGAGGAUGGGUUCAAGGAGGUGUCUAAGCAAUAUCGGCAACGGGAUUGUGACACACCCGCGCCCUUGCACGCCAGCAAAGGCUGCAUCGCCUCAGGACAGGGUGACGCCUUUGAGAAGGGCGAAGCGUGUGACUGUGCCACUGUGGUGCCAACUACCACGACAAUGGCAUCAACCGCUACUACACAGACACAGACAGGCACGUCCGCACCCACGGAAACGGCACCCAUACCUACCCCGAUAGCCGCCACACCAACACCCUCGCCUCAGCCCACUCACCAUAAGAGCUCGGGAUUCGUGAGCACCAUCAAGUCCAUGUUCCUGUCCCUGCUGUUCGUAGGCCUGGUGGUGAGUGUCAUGUAUCUCAUACACAACUGGGCUAUAGUGCACGGACACGAGCUUUCACUGUCAGACCUCUCUCCGCGUAACCUCCUGGCGACGCUACAGACACUGUUCCAUUCGAUCACCCGACAAACUACCAGUGCCACGCCCCGGCCAGCGGCGGCCAACGGCUACACUGCCGUGCCUGGGGGUGGCUAUGGAGGAGCUUCGUAUACGGAUUCCUCGGGCAUGGACAACAGCUUCAGCGCAGCGGCCGACCGACAAUACCAGCGCAUUGUAAACGAUACUUAACGUCUGUACGCUAACACUGCCAUUCCCCAAGGCACCAAGCCAGCACCACGCCCAUCUAGUAGGGUCAGUUAGAGUCUCGUAU